AUGCGACUUGAAGUGGUAACAACUCAAAAGACAAAGCAUAAAGAUUCGGUACUAUCGGUGGCAUGGAUAGGAAGUGAUGAAGUGGUCAGUGCUGGAGAUGACCAACAAGCUUUAAAAUGGAAUCUAACAACUUAUGAUGCUCAAUUAUUCAUGCAACUUCCUAAAUCACUUUAUCCAACAAAUAUGCAAUGGUUUCCGUAUGAUUCUUGCAAACAACAGUUUAACGAAAUUUUUUUCAUUCUGACAUCAACAGAAGGCAAAUUUUACAUUUGUAAUCGAAAUGGUCACAUUGAAAAAGCUGUAGAAGCUCAUCAAGGGGCAGUUUUAUCAAGUCGUUGGAGUCAUGAUGGUUCCACUUUUGCAACUUGUGGUGAAGACGGUGUCGUAAAAUUAUGGUCUCGAAGUGGAAUGCUUCGAAGUAUUAUAUCUGAGAAUAGUUUUCCAGUUUAUGGCAUCUGUUGGAAUGAAAACGAUUCUUGCAUAGCAUUUUGUUGUGAUGAUCGUAUCUUUAUCAAGUCUCUUAAAUCUCAAUCACCGUUGACAAAAUGGAAAGCACACGAUUGUGUAGUUUUAUGCCUAGAUUGGAGUGUUCACUCAAAUCUUUUAGUAAGCGGAGGAGAGGAUUGUAAAUAUAAAGUUUGGGAUGAAUAUGGACGUGUUGUGUAUUCCAGCAGUGCACAGAAUUAUCCCAUUACGUCAGUUGCGUGGAAUACUGAUGGUGAUCUGUUUGCUGUUGGAUCAUUUAAUUUGCUUAGAUUAUGUGACAAAGCUGGAUGGUCACAUUCGUUACAAAAGUUAUCUACUGGUAGUAUUUACAGUAUCAGUUGGUCCCCUGAUGGUACUCAAUUAGCAGGAGGUUGCUCUGAUGGAACCGUUUUACUCGGUUACUUAGUUGAAAAACGCCUUACCUGGAGAAAUAUUGAAGCCGUUCAGAUCAAACCCCAAGUAAUCGAUAUUCGAGAUGUGCUCUCUGAUUUAGCUCGAGAAAAACUUGAAGUUCGAGAUCGAAUUACCAAAUUAUCGCUUAGUUUUGAUCAUUUUAUCAUUGCUACUACCAGACAAUGCUAUAUUUUUAGUGUACGAAAUUGGAAUACACCGAUUAUUAUGGAUUUGAAGGAAUGCAAUGUUCUGCUGAUGAAACUUUGUGAAAAAUAUUUUUUGUUGGUUGACGGUGGCUUAAUUCAAAUAUAUAAUUAUGAUGGCCGAAUGCAAUGUUCAAUUAAGUUGCCUUCAUUGAAAACAAAUAUAAAUGCAGUUAAUGAAAAAGCAAUCGCAAUAUCAAACGAUACAGUAGCUAUUCGAGAUCGAACUGAUUCUAAAAUUAUAUACUUUUUUGAGACAACAACUGGUAAAAGUACCGGAAAUGGAAAACUUAUACAUACUAAUGAGAUAACUGAAUUAGCGAUUGAUCAGUGUGGAUCAACAAAUAACCGAAAAUUAGCAUUUAUUGAUAAAAGUCUAGAUUGUUACUUAGCAUUAGUGAAAACAUAUGGUAUCUCACAAAAAGUUGCUAAAAUUGGUACAAUGGUAACAAAUAUUCGUUUUAAUGAUCAUACAAAUAUGCUUGCUGGUUUGCAAGAUAAUCAUUUAAUUAUUUGGCUAUAUCCAGCGACUGUUUUCAUUGAUCGAAAUUUACUUCAAAAAACUGUACUUGAAAAAGAUGAUAUUGAUUUUGGCAAAUCACCAUAUUUACUCACUUUUGUAGGCAACCAUAUUUCGGUAAGACGUUCAGAUGGCGCAUUAAUUCCUUGUACAAUAUCUCCAUUUCCAGCAGCAUUGAUCACAUUGCUUACUGCUAGCAAAUGGGAUCAAUCAAUUCGCCUUUGUCGACACGUCAACGAAGAUCAAUUAUGGGGAAUCAUGGCAGUUGUCGCUAUUGAUAAGAGGAAUUUUUACGCUGCUGAAAUGGCAUACAGCGCACUGAAUGAGGUCGAAAAAGUACUGUUUCUAACAAAUUUACAAUCAGAACAAAGUAAGGAUGUUAGAUCAGCAAUGAUGGUGGCAUUCACGGGGAACUUCAAGGAAGCUGAUGCCAUGCUUGUUCAAAGUGGACAUAUUUUUCGAGCUAUUAUUUUUAAUAUCUCGAUUUUUCAAUGGCAACGUCCAAAGUCAUUGAAAAUUCUUGUGUUUUGCAGAGCAUUGGAAUUAGCAGUAAAAUAUAAAAUGCAUUUGGAGACAGUAAUUGGCUAUCGUCAAAAAUACUUGCAAGAAACAGGACGUAAGGAAACUGAUGCAAAUUUCUUGCAAUAUCAGUCUGAGGUAGAAAUUGACUGGGAUCAUAUCCACGAAUUGAUUCGGGAAGAUGAGAAUAAACAAUUUUGA